UCAACCAGAGGUGCUCCACCAGAACAAAUCAAAUCAGCCACAUUCAAAUCGUUACAAUGAAGUUCGCUAUUGCUGUAAUUGCAAUGACAAUGGCCAUCAGCGCCAAUGCAUCACCAGCUCCAUACAUUCAAGAUGUUGUGACCUAUUCCAAUCCUUGGUCACUGAAGUCCAGCACGGUUUGGCCUACAUACGGAGGGCUGUACGGCAAGGAGCUCGCUGUGGUCUCUGAUGUAUCAUACGGAAAGUAUCCCUAUCAGAAUGGUUAUGGAAACUGGCCUGCUUAUGGCAAGAACUGGGGAUACUCUUCACCGGUUGUUGCUGUUGGUGCCAAUGUAGUGGGUAAUGGACUGUGGAAUUAUGGUGGCUCUGGAUAUGGAUAUGGCAAGAACUGGGGAUACUCAUCGCCAGUAGUAACCGUUGGUGCUAAGCUGGCGAACAAUGAUCUGUGGAAUUAUGGUGGUUAUGGAUAUGGACUGGGACAUAAUAAAUACUGGCUGUAAACACAUGAUGAGGAUUGAAAAAUAAAAUAUGUUCGGCUCUGCGAAGCUGGAGAAC